AUGGAGCUUUUAGCCGAUCUCCGUGAAAGGUACGACAGAAUCGCCCUCAGCACCAUGGAUCCGGUUAGCUCGGCCAUCUUCUUCCACCGAGAAAUAUCCUUAUUCUUUGACAAGUACGUGAACACGGGCCAGGAAUCGAUCUUUGGAAAGAUUAGCCACUACUACGCCACGGUGGAAACGAACGAGCGAGGCAGCCUCCACUUACAUGGACUCCUCUGGCUGGACGGCAACAUGCGGUUACCGAACCUGGUAGACGAUAUGGCCAAUCCUGCGGAAGAAGGAUACCGUGCCCAGUGA